AUGACGGAGGUAGACACCAGCCAGAGAAUCAGCACACACCACCCAAACGGUAGUUAUACCUCUCCAUCGACCAACUCAAACUCAAACACAACUCAAAGCACUUACACGACACCAAGAUCAACUGACAAUGUAAUCUCUUUGGACCAACCGCAGGGUACAUCCCAGAAUUAUCAGCACAGUCCCGGUUAUAAUCAACGCGAAGUUUGCAAGAAAUGCAACUUGCUAAUAAUCGAGGGCCAUGCAUACGAGCUAGGUGAGGACAGAUGGCAUAUUGAUUGUUUUAAAUGUUCCAAAUGUGGCACGUCGCUAGGUUGUAAUUCAAAUUUUCUAGUUUUGGGGAAUGGAAACUUGAUUUGUUCCAACUGUUCAUACAAUUGUAAGCAAUGUGGAAGAAAAAUUGAUGACUUGGCAAUAUUAACUGGCGAUCAGGCUUAUUGUUCCAGUUGCUUCAAAUGCCGUUCGUGUAAACGAAAGAUUGAGGAUUUGAGGUAUGCAAGGACUUCAAAAGGAUUGUUUUGUAUGGAUUGCCAUGAAAAGCUUAUGGCGAAAAAGAAGCGGUACGAUGCUAAAAAGAGACAGUUGGCAACAUUGCAAGAGAAACAGAGCCAGUCUCUGUUAGUCGGAGGAGGAGGAGGAGCCGAUACAAGGACCCUCGACGAUUAUAGAAGAGCAUCAGCUAAUAGCUCCAGAAACAGCUUGAUUCAAGCGUACAUGACCAAUACCUAUAAUAGUGAGCAAAACAAAAGCAAAUCCACCACCAGUCUUUAUAAACAAGGAGAUAACAAUUCGCAGCUGUCGAUGAACUCAAGCAAAUACAAGUCUUUGCCAAAGGCGCCUGUGCAGGAAUCUUACGCCAGUUCAAAUUCCCCCAAUAGGCAGGAUAAUCGAACUUCCAAUGGUUAUAGCAACCAACCAUCGCAGGAGCAAAUUCUGUCACGGGGCUCGUCAAGUCAUUCUCACGUUUCCGAGAGGUCUCAUAGUCAAGAAGUGAUACGCGAUAGACCAGGAAAGAGGAAUAAUGGAAAUCCUAGUCCCGCAGUGCUUCUGCCGGAAAAUGAUUUUUCUAUUGAAGAGGUGCAAAAUAGCUCAGAUUCUGAUACAAAUGAGGAGCCUGGUAGUAAACAAACCAAGGGCACUUCAUUGAGAACCAAAGCGACAAACUUCAAAGGUCAGCUCGAUUCACGGUCUAGUCAUAACUCGCCUGUUAAUGCUACUACUUCAAAAGAUUCACAAUUGACGAAUGCCGACAAUUCUGUUUACUUGGAUUUUCUGGAUGCCAUCUCCGACAACCCUCCAGCAAGAUCAAAACAGCGCAAAUAUUCAAGCAACAAUCAGUUAGAUGCACCGGCUGAUUUGAAGCCGUCAUCCAGUAGAAAUGGAGAUCCGACAAAACACCUUACUCCGCAAACUGUACCUCAAGAAGUUGCUGGCGAUGUCAAGAACAAGAACUUGUUGAUUUUGUCACCAGGACAGUUUCAUGAUCAUGAAUUUCAUAGUGCUACUAUGGGCUCUCCAUUGAUUGAUUCUCCUGGUACGUUGCUCAGUAGAAGUUCGAGUAAUGAUAACAGAUUGAAAGCGCAAAGCUUGACUAUUGAACAAGAUCAAUACUCGAAAUCGCAAUGUCCUUCUCCUUAUGCGAAAGCAAACAGACAGGCAAGAGUAGUGGAAAUGAAUGACGAAAUACAAACAGAUGCAGUACCUGUUGAUAGUGACAUUACAGUGAACCUGGGUCUGGCAUAUGCCACCCCACAACAACUGAGACACCGAGCAACAUCUGGAGCAGGAACUGGAAAUGGUGGCACAGGGCCCAUUGGUGCAUCGUUGUCCUCGCCACCUCCUAAAGUUCCUGUUCCUAAUACGCCUACGCGAAAUAGGGAACGUUUGCAAGCAUUGAAAUUUGACGAAUCUGUUGCAUAUGGAUUGGGUUUAGAAGGGGUUACCUAUAGUGAUGAUUCAAACAAGAUGGCCAUGGAUCAAGAAGCUGAGCAAAGAGAGUAUAUGAGACAGUUACGUCAGCAGCAGGAACAAGAACAAGAACAGCGCGGUGGUCAUUCUGUGCAUCUGACACCACAGAGAUCAAAAGAAGAGUAUUCGAAUAAACCAUCGAGAAGUGAGUACAUGCCAGCUCCAUUUUCAAUCAACCAGUCGCCGCGAAUUAUUGGCAACGUGACUCCAGCAGUUACAAACUUGGAAGAGGAAAAUGAUCAGGAACAAACACCAGCAGCAACACUUGGCGGUGGCGGCGAGCUGCCGCUGCAACCACAAAAAGUAUCUCGCACGACAUCCAUUAUUCGUAAUUUGAAGCACAAACGUUCUGUAUCUGGUGGAAACAGUCAAUCGAAAUUUGGAUUUUUCAAGUCAUCACCAAGGGAAGAUAUCGUCAAGGGCCAAUCAUCUCAUACUAGACAUAUAUCCGAUGGAUCAAUUGCAAGUAGUACCCUUGCUGGUAUCAAUUCUAUACACUCGCAUUACUUUGUAUCACCAAAUCAAGCUGACAACAAGAGCAACACCAGUGGACUCGAUAAAUUCAAGGUGCCAUACAGUCAAACCCAUGCAAGACUGACUUCUGAUUCAACCAUGUUUUUCGAUGGCGAUCCAUUUGACAUUAAAGCCAUUAAAAAUGAAGUGCAGAAACUAUCAGCUGAAAAAUUGAAUUUGGAUUUAGAUAUUAAGCGAUUGAAGAUGGACAAAGCAAAACUUGGUGAUCAAUUGAGAUCCAUUCAACUGAAUUUAACUGAUGAAACUAUAAAGUAUGAUAAUUUGGUUAAUGAAGUGAGGGAUUUGGAAGAGAGGAAAGUUCAGUUGACACAACAGAAUAAAGAGUUGGUUGAACAGCAUGAACAUCUCAAGAUUACGCAAAAGCAGGAUCGUCAAAUGAGACAUAAUCAACAAGCGUCUUUGUCUACUUUGCAUAGGUUUGGAAGUAGUGACUCGGAGGCUUUGGGUGAUGACAUGUCAACUAGUUUUAGUACAACUGCUUCAACAGUGGGUAGGGAUGGUAAAGGCGUGGGAUAUAACGAGCAGCAUCUUGCGCGCCAACGUCAACAACCAUUACAACUGCAACAACUGCAACAACUGCAACAGCAACAUCAGCCGCCAUCUGCACCACAAUCGAAUGUUGCUGAAGAUGAACAAACGCAUAAAGCAACGAGGUUGAAAUUUUGGCGAAGAGCAAAGACUGGUGCUGCGCAAGUUGUCUCCACCAAAAAUGACAGUGGCAGUGGCAAUAGCAAUAUAUCUGCACCUUCAAUGCCACAUAGUGGCUCAGCACAAUUACGAGUACCGGGAUCAGGAAACAACAAUAAUAGCAAUGGCAAUGGCAAUGGCAACGGCAGCGGCAACGGCAACAACAAUGGCUUGGGUACCAGUAGUAAAUUCAGUCGAUCCACAUCAACAAAUAUCCUAGACUCCUUCUUAAACAGUGAUUACAAUGGUUCCAAUUCAAGUGGGUUACAAUUGACGAAAUCUAAGUCAGCAAGUUCAUCCUUAGUUUCAUUAUUCAACUCCACGUUACAACAACGGGCCGAGUACGAGAAAACUCCCAUCCCAUUGAUUGUUACUCGAUGUUUGAUUGAAGUUGAGAAACGAGGAUUGGAAGUUGAAGGAAUCUAUCGUAUAUCAGGCGGUAAUUCUGCCAUCGUUGCUAUUGAAAAUGCCUUUAGCAAUUUGGGACAAGAUCCUGAUGAUAAGCAGUUGCUGAAAUUGAAUGAUCUAUUGGAAUGUGGUGAUAUACAUGCAGUUACUUCGGCUUUGAAGCGGUAUUUGCGUAAAUUACCUGAUCCAGUUAUACCUAUAUCACAUUAUGAUGAAUUUAUUCGGAUUGCCCAUUUGCAGCAGCAACAGCAGUCACAACAGAACAAGGAAGCUAGAAUCGAUGCAUUGAGUGCAUUAGUGCAAAAAUUACCAGUGGCUAAUAGAUCAGUAUUGCAUAUACUAUGUCAACAUUUACAUAAAGUUGCCGCAUUACAAGAAAUAAAUCGAAUGGGGGUUAAAAAUCUUAGUGUGGUGUUUGCGCCAACUUUAGCUAGAGAUGAGACUGGCGAGCGAGAAAUGGCUGAUAUGGGUAGUCGAAAUGACAUGACUGAGUUGUUAUUGACUGAGUUUAAUAAAGUGUUUAGACAAUUUUAG